AUGGAAAAUCCAACUGAAAAAACUCCUUCAUCAUCAUCAUCGAUUGACGAACGCGAUCUAGUAGUAUCAAUGCGUAAACUUGAUUUAAUAAAAGAACUAGGAGAUAAACAAAAUCAACUACAACGUAUUCAAAGUAAUCUCAGUCAAAAUACUGAUACAGUUACACGCGAAAAUCAAGUUUUACGUGAAUUUCGUAAAGAAUUGGAUAUGCUCGUACAGGAACGUAUGUCGCACAUUGAAGAAUUAAGAUUGAUUCAUGCAGAUAUUAAUAUUAUGGAAACAACAAUAAAACAAGCUGAAGAAGAACGAAUAAGAAUACUACAAGAAAGUAAACGUCUACUAAAAGACUAUCAACCAAUGAAGGAACAAAUAAAUAAAUUACGAGAUAUUCUUAAUCUUGAAAAAGUUCCAGAUAACGAAGAAGAUGAAGCUGCCUUAAUGACCAUGCAAUUAAUCGCGCAACAAUCAACUGAACAUGAUCCAAUGGCAUCGAAUCGAAAUUUACACUCAUCAACAACAGCAUCAGAUAAUAAUAACGAACAACAUCAUCCAUUAAUCUCACCAUUUAUUCAUCCAUCACAACAAAUGAGUAAUUCAAUGAAUGUUGGUCCUAUUUCAACAGGAUCAUCGAAUAAUAAUCAAUCACAAGCAUCAGGAAUCAAUGCAUCUAAAGUACUAAGUGGUAUGGGAUCUAACAUCGAUCGUUCAGCAUUUCGUCAACAACCACCACCAAUGAAGACUUGUCAAUCAUGUCAGCAACAAAUUCAUCGCAAUGCACCUAUUUGUCCUAUUUGCAAAGCUAAAAGUCGUUCACGCAAUCCGAAAAAACCAAAGCGUCGUCAUUUAGAUAUUAAUCCUCAAUAA